ACCCCAGACCUGACCCUGUGCAGCACCCGGCGUGAUGGGGCCUGGAUCUUAUCUGGGGCUGCUAGGUCCUACCAAAAUAUAUCAAAUAAUAAAAAACACUCCACAAGACGUUUGUAGCAGAGCUGGAGACUGGCAGCCCCAUGCCCUAACCUCAAGGCCACCCUGCGUCUGCUGGCGGGGGUGGGAACUUUCAUGUAUUUGGGUUUAUUUCGGGGGGAGGCUGUCCUGUCCCAUCAACCGCCCUCCCAUCUUUUUCCUUUGGAUCCUUCCAUUUAGAACGUUAAGGGGGAUGGUUGUUGCUACGUCUUGAUAUCGACGAGCUGCGAUUGCGCACCUGACACCUGCUGCUCGGCUUUAAUUACUAAUCUAAUCUCAUGCUUCAGGGCUUCAUCCGGCCACCUAGCGGGGGUCAGGAAGGAUUUUGGCUCCCCACCCUUGACUCACAAUUGGUCAGAUGGUUUCUGGGGUUUGGUUGCAGCGUGGGGCGUGGGUCACCGGCUUGGAUCAUUGGGGUGUAUCUUGCCUAAUCAAUUCCCAGCCGUCGCAGGGGCCGCGGGCAUUGGGGGCACCUGUCGCUCCCGGCAGCGGCUGGUGGCGCACCACUGUUAAAACUCCUGAGGGUUGAAGUGGUUUGGUCCGGCUGAAGUCACUGGGCUCAAAAUAGGCUGCAUUGUAUUCCCAGCCUGUGUUGAUUGUGCCCCGGUCCAUGGAGAUGAAUAGGGGGAAGCAGUGAGCCGUGCAGGAAUUAAAGCCAUAGGCCCGCCCGGGCGGACAGCGGGCAUGAGCGGUGCCAGCUUUUGCGUUUCUUGCAACUUCAGGAAAGAGGGAAGGAUGCGGGGGUGGUGGUAGGGCGGAAGGGCUGCCUGAUAUGAUUGUGAUACACUCCUCCGCGCGGCGGCUGGCAGCCGAGCAGUCCUGACCUUGCUCCAACCCCGCCAGGCGGAGGUGAAUGGGAACCAGGCCCGGCUGAUUGGCAUGGAGGUGUGAGACUCCUCGUGGCAGGCCGGUUCCUGACAGGCCUCUGCCCCCACCGAUGAGCUCCCAGAGUCUGCCUCGGGGAAGCUGGGGUGGUGCAAGCCGCUGUUCGCACCAGUUUGCACGAGGGGGAGAUGGUGUCCACCCCACACCUCACAGUUUGCACGAGGAGGGAUUGCCCCAGCAUGUUGCGGCAGAAUUUGCACAGUGCGGGUUGCGCCAACAACAUGCUGUUUGCACGAGAGGGGGUUGCACCAACAGGGUGAAGUGCAUUUUGCACAAGAAGGGUCGCUCCAGCAGCUUGCACGGUGCACCAGCACAGCGCAAUUUGCACAAGGGGGACUUGCACCAAUGCCGUGCAAUGCAGUUUGCGUGAGGGGGACUUGCGGCAAUGCUGUGCAAUGCAGUUUGCAUCAUUACGGUUGCACCAGCACCGUGCAAUGAAGUUUGCACGAGGGGGAGUUGUACGAGGACCCUGCAAUGCAGUUUGCAUGGCGUGAGGUGCACCAAGACUGCACGGUUUUCAACAAGGGGUUAAAGAUGCUUCCACAUUGAGGCAAAGGGAAGUGCUGUUAUCCUCCUUGUUCUCAGCCUAGACUGCUUCCUCUGCUAAGCUAGCUUCCCUGGUGGCAGUGGCAGUUAGUGGCUGAGCACCAGGCAUGAGGGACCCAGAUGUGCCUCAGGAAGAGGGGCCCAAUUCCCUGGCGCUCUGCACCUGGAGCAACAUCUGCCGCAGAGCAAAAGGCUGCCCAGAUCAGCCAGGCUGCAUUUGCACCGGUGCAGGGAAAGGGCGACACGAGGCUCACACCCCCCCCCGGCACGUGCACGUUCCAGUCUGCAGCAGAAAGGUGCCUCUGCGUUCAUGAGGUCGUGGAUUCACCUUGGGUUCUUCCCCUGCUUGCAUGGGACGAGGCUUGGUCCUGUUGGCAGAGCCUGGGGAGGCACUUGCCCUGGGGCCAUAAAGUGGCCUGCUCCUCGGUGCAUCUUGCACUGAGCGGCUCGCACUUCCGUUGUGCCCCGGGGGGUUGUUUUUCCCCACGCGGUGCCGAGAUGCAGCCCGCUCUGGGGUGAAGCGCCGCAGCCGUUCAUACAGGGCUUGCGCACGUGAUGCUGAAAUGCAGCCACUUCUGGGGUUAGGCAUGGAAGCUGUUUAACAACCCUCGUGCAGAGAGCAUCUUUUAGGGGCGAGAGGGAAGAAUAAUCCGGUAUCCAGCGGAAAUUUGGUGAACGACCCAGGCCUCUCCUCCCCUCCCCCCCCCCGGAAGUUCAGCCGAUCCAAUCGAAACCUGAAUGUUUCGACUCGAGUGUGGACUGUGGGUUGGCGCGAGGCGGUUGUGAGACUCCUGGUUUGUGACUUUUGACUCGGCGUUGUCUCCCUCUCUGCGCAGGACGUCCGUCGGAGACCACAGCACCAUGCCUGAGGGAGCCCGUCGGGGCAGCAAGAAGAAAGCCGGCAAUCAAGUGGCCGCCAGACCAUCCUCCGUGUCCUCGCUGAGCGGGAUCGCCGGCGGCAUGGCCGCCGCCACCAUCUCUGGCAGCUGCACCUCGGUCAACACGGUGGGCUCGGACGGCGAGCGGCCCGUCAGCCUCAGCUCCUCCGCCUCCUCCGCCUCCCUGCCUGACAGCCAGAGCGCCUUCGGCAGCAGCGGGGCCUUGGGCGGGGGCUGCCCCGCCGGCUACCCGCCCGACGCCCAGCAGAACGGCAGCGACAUCAGCCUCGAUCUCACCCCGGUGGCGCUGCUGGAGGGGCCGGCCGAGGCCGAGGGGCCCCCGGGGGGCGCCAAGCGUGGUGGCGGCGGCAGUGCCUGGUCCCCCGGGCCUGCCAGAGCCAGGGAACGCCGGGUCAAGCUGUCCCAGCUGGACCGGGUGGUGCUGGAGAUUGUGGAGACGGAGCAGGCUUACGUCCGGGACCUGAGGAGCAUCGUGGAGGAUUAUCUUGGCUGUAUCAUAGACAGUGGACACCUGCCCCUCAAACCUGAGCAAGUGAGCACUUUGUUCUGCAACAUCGAAGACAUCUAUGAGUUCAACAGCGAGCUCCUGGAAGAGCUGGAGAGCAGCAGCAGUGCCCACGCCAUCGCUGAGUGCUUCGUGCAACGGAGCGAGGAAUUUGACAUCUACACCCUGUACUGCAUGAACUACCCCAACUCGGUGUCGGUGCUACGGGAGUGCAUGGAGAACCAGGUGCUGGCGGGGUUUUUCCGGGAGCGCCAGGCCACGCUGUGCCACUCCCUGCCCCUGGAGUCCUACCUGCUGAAACCCGUCCAGAGGAUCCUCAAAUACCAUCUCCUGCUGCAGGAGCUGGCCCGGCACUGCGAGCGGAGCAGCGCGGGCUACGAGGCGGUGGAGGAAGCCACCAUCACCAUGACGGCUGUGGCCUGGUACAUCAACGAUAUGAAGCGGAAGCAGGAACACGCCGCCCGGCUGCAGGAGCUGCAGGGGCUGCUGGUGGGCUGGAUGGGGCCGGAGCUGGAGGCCUUCGGGGAGCUGGUGCUGGAGGGGCAGUUCCGGGUGCAGCGGGUGCGGCGGGAACGCGCCUUCUUCCUCUUCAGCAAGAUGCUGCUGGUCGCCAAGCGCCGCGGGCCGGCCUUCGUCUACAAGAGCCACAUCUUCUGCUGUAACCUGGCCCUGUUGGAGACCCUCAAGGACCCCCUGAGCUUCAAGAUCUCGGACCUCACCAUCCCCAAGCAGCAGCACGUGGUGCAGGCCAGGAACCAGGAAGAGAAGCGGCUGUGGAUCCAUUACCUGAAGCGCCUGAUCGUCGAGAACCACCCGGCGUCUAUCCCUCAGAAGGCCAAGCAAGUGCUGCUGGAGAACAGCUUCCAAAGCUCCCCGGAGAUCCGCUGCAGCCCAGAGCCCCUGAAGACGCCGGUCCCCUCUCCAAGGAUGGAGGACGCCUGGGGCUUCCCCCGCGGCAGGCGGCAGUCAGAGCCGCCCAAAUUCAUGAGCAGCCCGGAGAGAGCCCGCAAAAGCUGCCCUGUCGUCCAGCCGGACAGCGCCACUCAGUACCGCCGGGGGCGCAGGCAGUCCGAGCCGGCCACUGAGCUGAGCCACAUGGGGCAGGAGCAGAACGGUCGCUGUCGGGGGCUCCCAGCCACUCCCAAAUUGAAGCACGCAGGCAGCGAGGGGGAGCUGUUCCCCGCCUCGCCACCCCUGGCGCUCUCGGGCAGCGUCUGCACCCUGGACUCCAGCGUGGCCGAGGAGUCGGACCCCGGCGAGGAUGCCGAGUCGCCCCCGUUCUGCCUGGCCGAGGAGCCGCUGUCCAUCACCGAGGAGAUCCUGGAGCUGCUCAGCCAGAGGGGGCUGAGCGGGGACCUGGGGACAGAGGAGACACCGUGGAGGCAGGGAGAGCAGCACCCAGGGAGCCCCACUUCACAGCCAGAGCAGGAUCCGCCUCUGAGCCGAGCCGUGCUGGAAGAACGAGCCGAGGGAAGCGAGGUUCAGGAGGGAGACACCGCUGGGGGAGACGAGCCUCGCCGUGGCAGCCUCGGCUUGACGCAACCCCUCCCGCCGCGCCAUCCCCCCCACAGCGAAUCGGAGGAGGAGCAAAAGGAGGAGCGGGGCCCUUCCCCUCUUUGUGUCCUAGACGACCUGGGUGCAGAGGAGGCCGCCGGCAAGCCAGAGGUCCUGGCAGGGGAUAACACCCUGCGUGCAGGGCGGGACGCGUCCAGCGGGGAGCUCGGCUCCACUGAUGGGGCCUGCCCCCCGUACGAGGAUGGGUCAGCGCGGGGCUCGCCGCUGACCCGAGACGACCGGCUGCUGAUCGAGAAGAUCAAGUGCUACUAUGAGGCGGGCGAGGCUGCCCCAGACCCCACCGCUCGGGAGGGCGCCCUCUCCGCCCCCACCGGGGUGGUGCAGGACUCUGUGCUCCACCUCAACCACCUCCCCCAGCAGGAGGGGGCCACGGACCGCGAGGGGGGCAGGGCUUCUUGGGCCAAAGCCCGCCCUGCCCGCCAGGAGAAUGCUAGGAGGAGGUGGGGCCAGUUUCUUGACCCAAACACCACCCCUCAUGACGCCAACCAAGAGGAUUCUGGGAAGGGGGAGGGCCUGGCCUUUGAUCAAGGCACUCAAUUUGGCGCCAACCAAGAGGCCCAAGAGGAUGCUGGGAAGGGACAGGGCCAGCCAAUCAACCCAGACAUCCAUGGCACCAACCAAGAGGAUGCUGGGAAGGGGCGGGACCAGCUCAUCGAUCAAGGCACCGAAGUAAGCGCCAACCAAGAGGAUGCUGGGAAGGGGCGGGGCCAGCUCAUUGACCGAGGCACCGAAGCUGACGCCAACCAAGAGGAUGCUGGGAAGGGGCGGGGCCAGCCUGCCAGCCGUGUUGCCCCGCCCCCUGCCAGCCAGGAGCCCGAGUACAAGUCGUGCGCGGAGAUCCGGCGGGCGUGGCGGGAGAAAGAGCGGGGGGCGGCGGACGCCCUGGGAACGUGCACCCCCCGCAUGAAGCUGGGCAGCAAAGGGCCGGCGGCCAACCGCGAGCCCCCACCGUUCCUGGAGCCCCUGUGGAUUGUGGAGGAAUCGGAUCUGGCUGCCCCGCCCCGGCUGCCCCGUGGCGACGGGGUCCCUCGGGCCAAUGGUGUCCCGCCCGCCGGCUACGCCCCCCUGCCAGGGCUGUACGAGGACACUGCCCCUUGCCUGCUGGAGAACUCGGAGCGGAUCCUCAGCAAGGUCCAGGCCCUGGCGCGGAUGUACAGUGAGAAGAUCAGCCGGGCCAAGACGGCCCGGAGACCGCAGGACGGGCCGCGCCGCCCGGCACCCAGCAGGAUGGGCACCCUGGAAAGCCUGCGGGAGGAGAUGCCAGGGCCCUGCCUCCCUCGCUGCGAGCCCCGGCUUUAUGGCCAUGUGCUCAUCCGUGAGCCCCCCCUGCACGUGAACUGCGUCCAGGAGAACGUGCUGCUGGUGGCCGCCGCCCGAGGGAACGCCCUGGAUGUGCGCAGCGACGGGCCUGCACCUCUUCUGGCUUCCCGGUGCCUGGGUUCGCCCCCGGCAGAGGAGCCGGGAGCCGCCCGGCAGGAGCUUCCCCCCCCAGCGUCUGUUCCGCCUCCCCCGCCGCUGGUGGAAUCGCCCCCGAAGCUCAGCGGGGACCCCCCGAGCCCAGGCGACCCGGCUGGGGAAGGCCCCGGCACGGGCAGCUCUCCCCCGCCAGCUCCCGACACUACCAGUGGAACUGGCACGACACCCGAAGCCGGGGACUUUGAGGGAGCCGGGUGCCCGUCAGUGCCGGGCUGCCAAGCCAGGCUGGCGGCCUGUGGGCUCCGGGGUGAGCCGAGCGCUGGGGAGGUUUCCGCGGAGACGGCAGCCUCCUCUCCCUUCUGGGAAGCAGCCCCGAGCCAGCAGGUGCCGGAGGUGGCUGGGCCGGUCCCAGCGGCCUCCCCCAGCCCUGCGGCGGAACAGCAGCCUGCGUGUGUCGGCACGUCCGCCGAGCCCGACCUGCUGGGGCCAGGCACCUCCAUCCUUGGCGCUGGCCCCCCGGAACCGGCGGGGGAGCAGAGUGGGCCCAUCGCCGUCCUGCUGCCAGAGGAGCGGGCCCUGGCUUUGGGCAGGGAUUCCCCGCCUGGCACUGAGGAGCCGCUCCCCCAACCAUCGCUGGGGCCUGUCCGCUGUGGGACCGGAGAGGCGUCCCUGCCUCCUACGCCAGACCCCAUCCCGCCGGCGACACCCUCCAAUGCUGCAGGAUCCUCGUCUCCGCUCCACAGCAAUGCCCUGCCCCUGGCAGCUCUGCCGUCCCGGGGCACCCGCCUGCCUUCCCGGGCCACGGGCGCGGCACACCCAUCCCCGGAGCUGUCCUCGGCUGCAGCUGCCCAGCCCAGCCGCUCCGUGGCCCGGUCAGCUCCCACUUCGCCCAGCUCCGGCCUGGAUCGCAGCCCCCUCCCGGCUCUGCCGCGCCUCCAGACCUCCUCCCCGGCACACCGGCGCCUCUCCUCCAGCGCCGCGGCCAUCUCCAGGUACAUCGCCGCCUCCUGCAUCAGCCAGAGCCUGGCCAAGAGAAAUGGUGCCUCCUCGGGGCCACCUGGAGCAGAGACUCCGGCACCCACCAGGCCUCUGCCUGCUUGCACAGCCAUCCCGAGACCAUCCUGCCCCUUGGGACCACCUGGCACCCAACCUCCGGCGGCAGAGACCCUGGCACCCACCAGGCCUCUGCCUCCUUGCUCAGCCAUCCCGAGACCGUCCUCCUGCCCCUUGGGACCACCUGGCACCCUGCCUCCUGCAGCAGAGACUCCGGCACCCACCAAGCCUCUGCCUCCUUGCUCAGCCAUCCCGAGACCAUCCCCCUGCCCCUUGGGGCCAGCUGGCACCCAGACUGCGUCGACAGAGACCCCGGCACCCACCAGGCCUUUGCCUCCUUGCUCAGCCGUCCCGAGACUGCCCCCUGGCCCCCUGGGCUCCAGAGCCCCAGCACCCCCAUCGGCUCCAUUCCCCAGUGAGAAGGCCAACGCCUGGGCCCAUUGUACCAGCAAGCGGGACCCUUCCCAGCGCAGUGUCUGCCCUUCCCCCUGUGCCAGCCCUGGGUCGCCCUCUCCCCUGGGCUGUUGCCGCGAUUCCAGCUGGCUGGGGGAGCCCAUCCCCUUGGCGUCUGGCUCGGCCGUGCUGCUGGCCUUCGACCGUCUCUCGGGGACGUGCCCGGCCCCCCGGGCUAAGCAGCUCGCCCCCUUCUGCUCCACUUCAGAGCCCAGCUCCAGGGUCCAGUCUCCAGCGCCGGCCUGCCCCCGGGUGUGCUCCCCGCCUCCCUCCAGCCAGCGCCCCGCAGUGGGGAGAGGUGGCUGCGCCCCCCCGCGGCCUUGCUCCUUCGCCCCCGUGCACGUCCCCACCCAGCCUUCCACCCUCCGCCUCUCCUCCCCCCUGCAGCCCACCUCCCACCCCUCUGUCACGUUACCUCAGCCAGGCAGGAGGCCGAGGGGAAACCCCGAGAGCCCCCCGUCCCCUAGGGACGGAGCCAGGGCGGGGUGCUGCUCCGGGGCGCCCCCUAGCCACUCAGCCAGUCCCAGCCCCGACGAACUGGAUGGCGUCAAGUGGCCGGACGUCCCCGGCUUGCGUUCCAGGUACGCUGACCGGGCGGGCAGCAUGGGGGCGCCGGGCUCACCGGAGGAGUAUCCCAAAGCGAGGGCGGACUCAGCUCGGGACACGGGACCCCAUCGGGCCAGCUACUCCACCACCGUCAACAUCCAGAUCGGGGGCAGCGGCCGGAUCGCCUCCUUCAGCAACGCUCAGGUCAGCCUCACCCACCCGCCGCUGGCGGCGCCCGGGCAGCACAGCGCAAGGCGGAUCAACGGCAGCACCUUAGAGACCCCGCAGAAAACGUGACGGCCCAGGUCGGGCGGGGGGGGUUCACAGCCACGGCUGCAGGAGCGCUCCCGGCUCUGCACGUGCCCGGGGACCAAUGGUGAUAUAUUUCUGGGGCUGGAUGGUAUGUGGGGGGGAUGAAUUGUUACUGACCCACUGGGGUUGGCAGAGGUGGGGCCAGAUCCCCAGCUAGGGUAAUUUGGCCCUACUCUAUUGAUACCAUCUGGGGAUCCAGGCCCAUUGACCCCAAUGGAAUGAGGCCCAUUGACACCAGCUGGGGAUCUGGCUCCAUUGACCCUAAUGGAGCGACGUCCAUUGACACCAGAUGGGGAUCUGGGCCCAUUGACCCCAAUGGAAUGAAGCCCAUUGAUGCCAGCUGGGGAUCUGGGUCUAUUGACCCUAAUGGAGUGAUAUCCAUUGACCCCCAAUAGAAUGAGGCCCAUUGAUGCCAGCUGGGGAUCUGGGCCCAUUGACCUUAAUGGGGUGAUAUCCAUUGACCCCCAAUAGAAUGAGGCCCAUUGAUGCCAGCUGGGGAUCUGGGUCUAUUGACCCUAAUGGAGUGACAUCCAUUGACCCCUAAUGGAAUGAAGUCCAUUGAUACCAUCUGGGGAUCUGGGUCCAUUGACCUUAAUGGAGCGACGUCCAUUGACCCCCAAUGGAAUGAGGCCCAUUGAUGCCAGCUGGGGAUCUGGUUUCCUGAGUGACUUCAGAGGCACAGUGGGGUGGAUAACACAGCUGAACUCAAGAGUCCAUCCGUGCAAUUAAGCAACUGUUUCCAGGCCAGGAGGAAUCGGUGGGGCCCGGUAAAAGCCGUGUAAAAGCCGUGUGCCCCCAACUGAUUGUGCUGGUCCUGGCCAGGUGGCCACGGCACCCACAGGCCAACAGGCAAAGGGCUUUCUGCCCUGCAAGCCCCCUCACGAGGCAGACGGCAUUCGGUUCUGGCUGUGGGUGGUUUUAACCGCCUGGCUUGUUCCUCGGCGGGUUGGGCCUGCAUCGGGACCAAAGGGAGCGGUGUGGGUGUUUGUAAAGAGGAGUGGGCACUAUGGGGACACAAACGCACACAGAAGCCUAGCCAGUAGGGGGCAGGCGCGUGAACGGGGCAGUACACACGUAUGCACACCUCCUUAGCCACCAGGGGGAUCUGCAUGCACGCCCCCGAGCCAGAAGGGAGCAAUGUGGACCCACAGAGAGCCAGCAGCGGGCAGCAGGAAUGCACCCAACUAUUUUCCUGCUUUUAAGUGUGAAAACCAAAGUGUCUUCCGGGCCAAAUCCUUGCUUCAGCCAAACUCUCCUUGAAGCAGCCCAGCAGAGCGAGGGCAGCAGGCCUGGGGAAAGCCAUUGUCCUGGUGCAGAGCCGCCAGCCCCGCCGCAUCUGUCCCCGUUAAGUUGUAUGGAGUCCGGCUCAGAUCGCUAGACCCAGGGGUCAGUUUCAGUCUUUGGACUGUGGCGCAUUGAGAUGCUGAGCUGUGUCAGCCACACCAUCCCUGUUGUGCCUUCGCUCUGGUGUUUGGGCCUCCCCCGGCAGAACCCCAGCUCCACACGAGUCCCUCUUAAACCUGCGUGAGCUGUUGGCCAGGGGUUGUAUUCCCAGUUCUGCUACAAACUCCUAGUGUGUGAUUGUGGUCUAGCCACUUAAUCUGCCCUGUGCCUCAUUUUCCCCCAUGGGGAUUGUGGACUCUUCGGGGCAGGGUGCGUAGCUUGCUCUGGGCACAGCAGACAUCUCAGUUUUCCCGGGUGCUUCUGUAGUUAAUCUAACAUAAACUGAAACCACAGUUCUGGUGAGCUGAAGUUGGUGCUGUUUAGUCUGCAUGCCCUCAAAUGUGUAGGAAGUGGACGUUGCUUUCUCUGCAAGGGAACCACAGAUGUGUCCUCAACACACGCUUAAGAGUUGGCCUCAGGGUGUGCUGGAAAUGGCAAGGCAGCCGCAUCCGUCUCUUUCCGAGGCCUAAACGCACCUUAAAUUCAGAAAACUUGCCCAUAAAAAUUGCAGUGGGACAGUUGGGUAGAACUUUUUUUUUUAAAGUAUUUGUAUCAGAUCAACAUUGAAAUCACCAGCUCAAUGUCCAGCUGGGAAUCUGGUCCCAUUGUGUACAGUGUAAGAUGGCCCGUUUAAAUUAGGUGGAUCUUCAGCUCUUAAUCUCUACAGAGUGGCAACUGGUCCAAAUUACUCCAGAAUGAUUUUUUCCCCCUUCCCUACGCCCAUAAAACCUGUAACUCAAAACCACCCCUCAGUUUCUUCCCAGCUUUCCCUGGAGCUGAGUUGCCGUGAGAUUCUAGUCGAUCUCUCUGACUAGUUCAAGAUGCAAAAUAAGUUUGCUUAAAUAUUGCACUUCUAUAGUAAAAUCCAUCCAGACACAGCAAUCCUGGGUUGUGAUUUGGAUGAAACAUCUUGGAAUGUUUGAAGCCCUGCCCGUUUUCCUUGAAAUUAACAAGGGGAGAGUGAGAGAGAGAGAGAGAGAGAGAGUGUGUGUGUGUGUGUGUGUCCCGCCCUUUCCCUAAAAGAGGAAAUCAGGAACAGGGUAGCAAUAACAUGCGGACAGUGAAAUAAACAUUGGCUCCUUUGAAAGCGGUACAUCUAUUUCUGGCUUUUUGCAAUGAGUUUUUCUGCUUCAUUUCUAAAGCUGGGUUGCACAAGGAGAUUUUAAAUUGGAGCAGCAGGUAGUUAAAGAGACUCCGGUAUUUAAUAUCGAGCCUUCCAGAUGGAACCAUUUAGCUACAUGUUUCUACAAAUUAUUUCACAGCCCACCAUUUGGGGAGAAAAAAAAAUCUCUCGGGUUAUUACCUCCUUUACCGCCUGUAAUGGAUGAGCCUGUAUGUUUUCGUCCAUUUGAGAUUCAACUUUUGUCUGCUCUGGCUGCUAGGGGCAAUGCUAGCCUUGGGCAAGCCGUCCAAGAUGUCAUGGCCAGUUUUAAAAUGCCGUUAGUUUCCUUCUCUUGUAGGUUUUUUUUUUUUUAAAGGCCGGAAGGCACCAUUCUGCCCUUCUGUAUAAUCCAGCCAAUCUUUAGCCAGAGGCACCUGGUCUUGAUCUAAAGAUUCUGAGAGACAGAGAAUCUGCCCGGUCACUUGGGGGAACCUCUCCACGGGUUAGCUCCUUGCCCCAUUACAAACGUGCUGCCCCCUCCCUGUUUCCAGUCCGAAUGUGUCUCGCUUCAACUCCCUCCUGCUAGAUCUUGUUCUGCCUUUGCUCAAUUAUAAAGCCCUCUGCUAUCAACAAACUCCUCCCCAUGGAGGUCCGACCGCCCUUUUUGGCUCAAGCAGCCAGUCAAAGCUGGGGGGCCGCAAUUGUUCCAGCUGGGCGGAGAAAUUGACAGUAGAAUCUGGCACCAUUGAGGCAAUGCUGUUUAUUUGCAAGGGGCCGUGCAAAGUCCUGUAUCUCUGAACACAGGUGGACCCAAAAAACAGGAGGCCGCUUCCUUCCCUGCAGCAGCACACAUCCUGGGUGUGUGUCUGUCUUUCUCUGCUUCUGUCUCUCUCUCUCUCUCUCCUUGGGCCGUGCCCCCAAGACUCUUCGCCUGAAACCUAUACUCUGCCAAACUCCCCUCUACCGAAGGCUUUUGAAUUCUGGAGUGGCUGUGGUUUGCCGUGGGCUUGGAGAGCGCUGUUGUAUCUUACACUGAACCUGAGCAAAGGGCAGCGGUUAGCUCAUCAGCUUCAGGGGUUUUAACCCACCCUAGGGCAGUACGUCUCCUCGGUUAAUGAAAUCGACUGAGCUUCCCCCGCCCUCACAUUGCUCUUGUAGCAACUCUUCGUUCAUGGACCGGACUCUGAUCUCACUUCCACUCGGUUUACAUCAGAGGGGGCACCAGACUGGAGCUGAGCCGAGGCCCGUCUCGCCCGGUAUCCCGGCUCUGGGGGUGGCCAGCGCCAGGUGCUGCAGAGCAAAGUGUAAGAACCCGGCAGGGGCAGAGGGGGGAUAAGCUCCCCCCUCCCCGCCACAUUAGGUCUCUGCCUCAUCUCUGAGAUCCUCUUAAGCCCUGAAGCGGGGGUUCUGUCUCCCUCAGCCUGGUUGUAAAUCGAGCCACUCCUCCAGGGUAUUAUUAUUAUUGUCUGCAUCAGAGUAGGACCAGGACAUCCCCCUCCCCCCAUGCCAAACACUGCAUGUUUUCAUUGCUAUUAGGUGUAUUAUGGUAGCACUCAGGCACCCCAGUCAUGGCCCAGAUCCCAUUGUGCCAGAAGCUGUAUGUUUUAUUAGUAUUAGUUAUAUUACGGUAGCACCCAGGAGCCCAGUCAUAGUCCAGGACCCCCACUGUGCUAGGUGCUGUACAUUUGUUUGGCUAUUAGGUGUAUUACGGUAACACUCAGGUGCCCAAUCAUGGCCCAGGACCACAUUGUAUCAGGUGCUGUAUAUUUUUAUUGCUCUUAGGUGUAUUAUGGUAACACUCAGGCGCCCAGUCAUGGCCCAGGACUGCAUUGUGCCAGGUGCUGUAUAUUUUUAUUGCUAUUAGGUGUAUUACAGUAGCACCUAGGUGCCCCGUCAUGGCCCAGGACACUGUUGUGUCAGGUGCUGUACAGACACAGAACUGUCCUAACUCCAGUGACUUCCUGUGGGGGGGUUGUCCCGCUGCAGGGGGUGAAUCUCAGCCCCGGGGAGGAAUUGUGGUGGAGGUGGCCCUUCCUUUUCCCACCCACUGGGGAACCCCCCCUCCCACUUCCCCCACAUCUGCUUUACCCUGUUUUGUAGCUGGGCCACAUGGUACAUAUUUUUCCAACCUUGUCCCCCCGGCACGGCUUCAAUCUCUGCCGCCCCUCGUCUAGUUCUUUCCUGGUGUCGUUUCCUGCCUGUCCUCAGAGCCAUCCAGCGAAUCGGCCGAUUUGUUUCAUGUGAUCCCAAAUAACACCCCCACCCCUGCAAAUGGAAAAGCAGCAAGAUGCAGCCUUUGGAACAUUAUGAUGCAAAACCGGCCCUAUGCCGGGUGCCGCGCUCAGACCAGUGGGUCGGCGGCCAGCUUGCUGGGCUUCUCUUCCCGGGUCUGGGCAGGAAUGCAGGCUGGUGGUUGAGGAGGGAGCCAGGACACCUGGGUUCCAUUCCCAGGUCUGGGGCAGUGUGUGAUCUAACAGAGAGAGCAAGGGGGCCAGGACUCCUGGGUUCCUGUCCUAGUUCUAGGAGAGAGUGAAGAUCAACAGUUAGCGGAGGGAGGCCAGGACUCCUGGGUUCCAUUCUCAACUGUGCCACCCCCUCCUGAGGCAGGACCCUCAGAGCCCUCCUGGACCCACGCGACCCCCUGAGCCAUGGCGAGGAGAGGGAGGAUGACAUGGGAGCUCAGUGGACAUCUCAGUGUGACCGGUGGGUGUGCGAGGGCGAGUGGUAGGUGCUGAGGGCUGUGAGAUUGAGAAGGGAUGAGGGCUCCAGGGACCAAGCUGUCCAGGUAUUCGUACGCUCCUACUCUGCCCAUCACCAUGGCCUCUGAGCCCCACUCAAGCUUUAAUGGAUUGCUCCUGACAACCUCGCCCAUCCCUCAGAUUUCCCCAAUGACCUCCAAUCCAGCGGAGCGUGGCCUAGUGGUGAGAGCAAAGCAGCUGGAGCCAGAGCACCUGGGUUAUUUUCCCAGCUCAAGGUAGCUAUGUCUAGUGGUUAGAGCAGGAGGCUGGGAGCCAGGACUCCUGGGUUCUUUGUAAGCUCUGGGCGGGCAGUGGUGUCUAGUGGUUAGAGCGGAGGAAGGGGCUAGGAGCAGAUUUUACAGGCUCUACCCCUAACUUUGUGAAAGGAGUGUGUGGUUUCCAGUCAGUGGUUAGAGCAGGAGGGACCGGGCGCCAGGAUCAGGCCUCCGGUAACGUCGUCUUACCGGAGCCACUUGUGACCGAAAAUGAAUGUUUACACUUUCCUCUGGGCCAGCGGCCGCCUCGGCUCACACCCGCGCUCACCAGAGCGUUUGUUAUUCUCAAAGAGCUUCGUCCAUUAUUUCUGCUGUCACAAUCACCCGUAAAUUAAUGCCACAGGGUUUAGUUCCUCCGGCUUCUCGUGAAGUUUGCCUUGUUAAUCCAUUGGCGCUGGUCAGGAUCUGAUGCUAUGUUACCGGUCUGGUGGAUUGGUUUACGGCCCCUGUAUUGUACGUACAGUUGGGACGUGUUUGUUCUUUUUUACUUCUGGUUUUGUUUUGUUUUGUUUUUUUGUAUUAAAGUUAAUUUUGGAAGAGAAAAAAAAAUUGCUGUCAGUUAAUAAACAGUGAUGUUUUCAGUGA